AUGCAGUUCUGCAUCCGAUCGCCCAGCCAGCCAUGCCCCCUCGGAUUGGUCCCCUCCUCGUGGAAACGCCCGUGUCUCACUGAACCCACGGUCCUAAUGCAAAAUGGAUCGCGCACACUUCCGCCAGUGCAAGGCAUGUUCAUCCACAAAAUCAAGCUGCGUCACUUCGGGACGCAAACCCAACUCGUCCAUUUAAUCGAUACGCUCAGAAUUCUCCAUCACAACGAUCGCUGGACGAACCGGGAGUCUGGACCACACAUAUACUGGGAAGGGAACUCGGGCCAAGCACGCCCCCGUGUGAAAAAAAAGCUUGCUCCUGACGAAUAUCGACUGGUGUUUCGAAAUCCACAUGGCGUAGAUGCCGAGGGAGAUUGA